AUGCCCAUCACAGUGUGGCGGAUGACAGAAGCCGAUAUAGACGGCGCGAUUGACACCAUACAACAAGCCUUCGCCAACGACCCUUACAACCUAUGGGUCUAUCCCGACCGCUCCAAGCUGUCUUUGACGCGUAAUCGAGUCUCCCUCACCCUCCGUUGUCGCUGGGGCAUCCAACAUGGCCUCUUCCACGUUGCCCGCGACACCGCAGAACCCCACAAGAUCCUCGGUUGCGCAAUGUGGAUGCCACCGCGCGCGCCCUCCCAACCAGACAGCUGGUCGCUGUACCUCUCAUACUGGUGGCUAUGGGCCAACCAGAUCCGCAUGAAUCUAUGGUAUGGACGUGGCGGCUUGUCAGUGCAACGAUAUUGGAUUUGGAAGGCGAGACAGGCGGAGGCGCAAAGGGAGAUUUGGACUGAUCCCAAAGGUUACUAUUUCUGUAAUAUCGUUACCGUGUUGCCGGAGGCGCAGGGGAAAGGCGUGGGUAGGGCGCUGAUGGAGGAGGUUUUGCGCGUGGCGGAUCGGGAGGGCGUGUCCUGCUAUUUGGAGAGUAGUAGGAGGGAGCCGAAUGUUGCGAUUUAUGAGAAGUUUGGGUUUAGGCUGGUGAGGGAGAUGGAGUGUAGGGAUGGAGAUGAGGAUGCGGAUGCCAUUACGCUGUACUGUAUGCUCCGGGAGCCAAGGCCCGUUGCGCAGUAA